AUGUGUGACCGGAUAGUGUAUGUGUACUCUAACCUGUGCUCUGUUCCCUGGGUGGGCAGUGCAGCAGCAGCAGUGCCUCCCGUUUCUCGUCCUACACCUGGUCACUACCAUGUCCUGUACCGCGGGUGUGGAGAAACGCAGUUGGGCUGGCACGGGGAGACAUACUGCCUGGUUGGUGGCUACCGGCUCUACGGGGAUGUUCCUUUGGCCACGCCAGCUAAGGUGGAAGCAGAGAAGCCAGUCCCCAGACGUGCUCCGAAGAGAAAGCACUCUCUGGAAAUGCCGGACGAAGACCUGGGUUGCCCCAGACCCAAAAUCCGGCAAUUGUAG